AUGCUGCCGCUCACGGACUGGGUCCUGGAGCUGCUGAGCAUGGAGCAGACCCCCUUCCGUGCCUACACCGUCUCUGCCCUGCUCCUUGCCCUGCUGGCCCUGCUCUUCCGCACCCUCCUGCAGCUCGGGAGCUCCUGGCACCGCUACUAUGUGAACUGCCAGCGGCUGCGCUGCUUCCCGGAGCCCCCGCGUCGCAACUGGCUGCUGGGGCACUUGGGGAUGUUCAUACCUGGUGAGGAGGGGCUGAGCUUGGUGUCCCAAACAGUGGCUACGUUCUCCCAGGCCUUUGUGACGUGGAUGGGGCCCUUCCUACCAGUCCUGUGCCUGGUGCACCCUGAUUACCUCAAGCCGAUCACAACAGCCUCAGCUGCCAUCGCUCCCAAGGACUACGUGUCCUACAGCUUCCUGAAGCCCUGGCUGGGGGACGGUUUGCUGCUGAGCAAUGGUGCGAAAUGGGUGCGGCACCGGCGCAUGCUGACGCCAGCCUUCCACUUCGACAUCCUGAAGCCCUACAUGAAGAUCUUCAACCAGAGCACUGACAUCAUGCAUGCCAAUUGGCGCCAGCUGGUGGCGUCAGGCUCCACCUCCCUGGACAUGUUUGGACAGGUCAGCCUCAUGACCCUGGACAGUCUGCAGAAAUGCAUCUUCAGCUACAACAGCAACUGCCAGGAGAUGCCCAGUGACUACAUCGUGGCCAUCCUGGAGCUCAGUUCCCUGGUGGUGCGACGCCAGCACCGCCUGCUCCUGCACUGGGACUUCCUGUACUACCUGACGCAUGAUGGGCGGCGCUUCCGGCGCGCCUGCGACACCGUGCACCGCUUCACAGCCGACGUGGUGCAGCGGCGCCACCAGGCCCUGAGCCGCCUGGGCAGGGAGGCCUGGCUCAAAUCCAAGCAGGGCAAGACGGUGGACUUCAUUGACAUCCUGCUCCUGGCCAAGGAUGAGGACGGCCAGGACCUGUCAGAUGAGGACAUCGCAGCUGAGGCUGACACCUUCAUGUUUGAGGGCCACGACACCACAGCCAGCGGCCUCUCCUGGGUGCUGUAUAACCUGGCCUGUCACCCUGAGUACCAGGAGCGCUGCCGGGAGGAGAUCAAGGACUUAAUGCGGGACAAGGAGUCAGAGGAGAUUGAAUGGGAGGACCUGUCCCAGAUGCCCUUCUCCACCAUGUGCAUCAAGGAGAGUCUUCGCCUGCACCCGCCUGUCCCAGCUGUGUCUCGGUGCUGCACUGAGGACAUCAAACUACCCGAUGGAUGUGUCCUACCCAAAGGGAACAUCUGUCUGAUCAGUAUCUACGGGACGCAUCACAAUCCUGCUGUCUGGCCAGAGCCCCAGGUCUAUAACCCGCACCGCUUCAACCUAGAGAACGCCAAGAACCAGCCCCCACUGGCUUUCAUGCCCUUCUCUGCUGGACCCAGGAACUGCAUCGGGCAGAACUUCGCCAUGGCAGAGAUGAAGGUGGUGCUGGCGCUGACGCUGCUGCGCUUCGCCGUGGGGCUGGAUGAGAGCAGACCUGUGCGGCGCAAGCCUGAGCUGAUCCUGCGCAGCGAGAACGGGCUGUGGCUGCACCUGGAGCCGCUGGGGCCCAGCCAUGAGAGCCAGCCCCCCGCACCGCGCUCCUAG